CCCCCCCCCCCCCCCCCCCCCCCCACAAAUUUAUUAUAUAUACAUGUGUGAUCUGCUUGAUCUGUGUGCAGAAACAAACUUUUAUAAAAUUUAGCGUUACACAAGAGAUAAAAAUGGAGAAAGCCAUUAACAGACAGAAGAUCUUACUUCAACAUCUUCAACCUGUUUCUUCUUCAUCUUCCUCUUACCAUGAAUCUAAUCUUUCUGUUUCAAGUUGCUCAGCUGGGAAUAGUCACCGGGCUACUGGAGAUGAUGUUGUUAUCGUGGCUGCAUACCGUACAGCCCAAUGCAAAUCAAAGCGUGGAGGUUUUAAAGAUACUCUUCCUGAUGAUUUACUCUCAACAGUUCUAAAGGCAGUGAUAGAGAAGACAAAUGUGGACCCCAGUGAAGUAGGGGAUAUAAUUGUUGGUACAGUUCUAGCACCAGGUUCACAAAGGGGAAUUGAAUGCAGAAUGGCUUCAUUAUAUGCUGGAUUUCCAGAUACUGUGCCCAUUAGAACAGUUAACAGACAAUGUUCAUCUGGACUCCAGGCAGUUGCUGAUGUGGCUGCUUACAUAAAAGCAGGAUUUUAUGAAAUAGGUAUUGGUGCUGGUGUGGAGUCAAUGAGCAUUGACCACAUUGGACCAGUUUCAAAAGUCAACCCAAAAGUGGACAAAUUUGCACAAGCCAGAGACUGUCUUCUUCCUAUGGGAAUCACAUCUGAAAAUGUGUCGCAACGGUUCGGUGUGACCCGCCAAGAACAAGAUCAGGCUGCAGUCGAGUCUCACAAGCGUGCUGCUAUCGCAACUUCGUCUGGGAAGUUCAAAGACGAGAUUGUCCCUGUUCAUACCAAGAUUGUUGACCCAAAAACAGGAGAGGAGAAGCCGGUUAUAAUAUCGGUAGAUGAUGGUAUUAGGCCAAGCACGAAUAUGGCUGAUCUAGCGAAACUGAAACCAUCAUUCAAAAAAGACGGUACAACAACAGCAGGGACCGCAAGUCAGAUUAGCGAUGGUGCUGCUGCAGUUCUCCUCAUGAAAAGAAGUGUGGCUCUAAAGAAAGGUCUUCCAAUUCUUGGUGUAUUCAGGAGUUUCGAAGCUGUUGGUGUGGAACCCGCUAUUAUGGGCGUAGGUCCCGCUGUUGCAAUUCCAGCAGCUGUGAAGUCGGCAGGCCUCGAACUUAAGGACAUUGAUCUAUUUGAAAUAAAUGAGGCCUUUGCAUCCCAAUUUGUAUACUGUUGCAAGAAGCUACAGCUUGAUCCUCAAAAAGUGAAUGUUAAUGGUGGAGCUAUGGCUAUUGGGCAUCCUUUGGGAGCUACAGGAGCUCGUUGCGUUGCAACUUUACUUCAUGAGAUGAAGCGUCGUGGGAAAGAUAGUCGAUUCGGUGUUAUUUCUAUGUGCAUAGGUUCAGGUAUGGGGGCUGCAGCGGUGUUUGAAAGCGAAGAUUGAUUUACGAUAACAAAAUAAGCAUGUCACAUUUUACUUACACUUUUUCAUGAAAACGCGAAAUGUAAAACUUAUUGAGUUUGGGAAGUGGUGCUUGAUAUAUUUUUUUUGUCUGGUGUUACCAUUUGAGAAAACAUAUUGUAUUACAUAAAUGACAUAUGUCAUAUAUUCUUUUAGACAUUGAUAAACAUAUGAAAGUAUUAUAUUUGUGUCUA